AGCACCCGCUUUCCGGCUUCCCGCGGUCCGGCGCCCCUCGGCGCCCUCGGCGUCCCUGGCAUGCAGCGCGUGGAUGGAGGCAGGAGGUGACCGUGAGGGGGGUGGAGAGCCAGCUGCCCCAGGGGCGGCCAAGCGCCUGGCCCGCCUCCUGGGUCAUCUGACGCGCGCUGGGUCGCGCCCCCACGCGGCUGCCGCCUACGACGGAAGGCCAGGCGCCCCGCGCGCUGGCGGGCGCCUGGGUGCGUGCGGCGUGGCGGCGGCAUCUUUGCCGUUCUCCAAGGUUCUCAUCGCGAACCGCGGGGAGAUCGCGGUGAGGAUCGCGCGAGGGUGCCAGGAGGCUGGGCUGGAAACGGUGGGGAUAUACGCAAAGGAGGAUGCGGGCUCCCUGCACGUGAGGCGCGUGGACCAGGCGGUGGAGGUCGAGUCCUCGAGCCCAGGGCCCAUCGCCCCGUACCUCGACAUCGCCAGCAUUGUGGAGGCCGCCAAGAGGAGCGGCGCUGGAGCGGUGCACCCAGGGUACGGCUUCCUGAGCGAGAGCGCCGACUUCGCCCAGG